AUGGUGUGGUGCGCGCUAGGAGAUGAUGGACCGAGUCUCUCGCUAUCACAAGGGCCUCCUCCUCGUCCCUUUUCUAUUUCUUCUUCUCCAUCUUUUCUCUAUCCCCCUUAUCAGGUUACUAAGUUCAAUAAAAAGCCGCGUAAACUCGGUCCACUAUUAUUGUGCACUUGCAUGCCUGUUACACGGAAAAAUUAUGAAACUCAGUGGUGCAUUCAUCAGGUUUUUAAAAGCCGGCACAGUACAAAAAUUAGUUGAAAGUUUAGCUAAUGAUGACGGAGAAUUAGAAUCGACAUAUAUAAAUGUAUUCUUGGCAACUUACCGUGCAUUUACAACUCCAAGAGAAGUUUUAGAAUUAUUAUUAUCACGCUAUGAUGAUCUUAACAGUGAUGGAGACAAAAGUUAUGGCCAAACAGAGGAACAGCAUCGCAAAACAUUGAUACAGGCAUUGCAUGUCUGGCUUGAUGCGUAUCCUGAUUCAUUUACGAGUGACAAUUGGUCGGGAUAUAAGUUCCCGGAAGUUCCGCAUCGUCACUUUGCCGAACAAUUGACACGUAUGGAUGCUGAUGUAUUCAAAAAAUUGAUAGCACAUCAAUGUCUAGGAGCCGUAUGGUCACGUCGUGAUAAAUCCCGUAGUCAUGAUGCUGCAACAGUAUUGGCUACUGUUAAUCAAUUUAAUGCUGUAUCAUUAAGAGUCAUAUCAACAAUACUGAUUGAUCCAACUAUAAAAUCACAAGAACGUGCCAGAAUAAUUGAAACUUGGAUAGAUAUUGCUCAAGAAUUGAGAAUUUUGAAAAAUUUUAGCAGUUUGAAGGCUAUUGUUUCGGGAUUACAAAGUAAUCCUGUUUAUCGAUUAGAAAAAUGUUGGCAAUCUAUGCCUCGUGAUAAACAUGAAAUUUUUAUUGAAUUAGAAAGAAUUUUUUCGGAAGAAAACAAUGCUUGGACUCAAAGAGAAUUAUUAAUUAAAGAAGGUACUGCUAAAUUUGCUGAUACUGCUGGUAGAAGUGAUCGACAUUUACAAAAAAUAUUUCAAAAACAAAAUACUCAAGCUGGUAAAAUAUCAUACGGAACAAUACCUUAUCUUGGAACAUUUUUAACUGACUUAACAAUGAUUGACACAGCAAUACCUGAUACCAUUGCCGAAGGGCUGAUAAACUUUGAUAAAAGACGGAAAGAAUUUGAAGUAUUAGCUCGGAUACGUUUACUACAGGGUGCAGCAAACGCCUAUAACUUUACAAAAGAUCCAUUAUUCGAUCGUUGGUUUCAUUCAAUAAUAAUAGUUGAUGAUCGUGAAGCCUACAAGCUAAGUUGUCAAAUAGAACCGCCACCAGGCGGUAAUACUUUACAAAAUCGUAAAAAAAAAACUCAUCAGUGUCAUCAGGGUCAUCGUAAAAAUGAUUCACUUGCAUCAACUUCCAGUUCAAGCUCCUCACAAUUUUAUUGUGACCUUGAUUCACUUCCAAGUUCGCCUCACAAUUCACUUGAUCGUCGAACAUCACCCUCUCAAAUGUCUAGCUCGUCUUCCAGUUCGUCAUUACCUUCCUUAGACGUUAGUCUAGGCUCUGGAAUAGGAAAUAGUAAUAUUAAUAGCAAUAAGAACGAUAGUAAUAAUAAUAAUAAUAAUAAUAAUAAUAAUAAUAAUAAUAAUAAUAAUUUAGGACAACUUUUAAGUACAACUAAUAAUGGAAGAAGUAGUACACCAAAUUUAAUAAGUUUAUCGAGUCCAAGUAAUUCACAUAGUAAUACGCCAGAUUUUUAUAUUAUUAAAGUAACUAUUGAAACGGAUAAUGUUGAAACUGAUGGUGUUAUUAUGUAUAAAUCAAUAAUGCUAUCGAAUAAUGAACGUACACCCCAAGUAAUAAGAAAUGCAAUGUUAAAAUUAUGUAUUGAAGGUAAUCCUGAUCAAUAUACACUUGCCCAAAUAUUACCAGAUCGUGAAAUGGUAUUACCUAAUUCUGCUAAUGUAUAUUAUGCUGUUAAUACUCAGCAUAAUCUUAAUUUUAUUUUAAGACCACGUAAAGAUUUAAAUGACAGUAAAACUGAGAGUCCAAAGGGUAAAUCAAAUACUAAAAGAUGAUAAAUAA